AUGGAUAGUCAAAAUAAGACUCACCACGUUUCUAAGAGAGAAAAGAAACGUCUAAAACAAAAAGAAGGUGUUACAAACGAAUCCUUACAUCCAAUAGCUACUCUUUUAGCCCAAGACGUCCUGAAGCGAUUCAUUCUUAAUUGUCAGUUCCUUCAAUCAGAACAUGAUCUUUUUGAUUUACGAAAAAACAGAGAAAAUACAAGAUUCGCUCAUUACACAGAUGUGUGGCUUGCUUGGCUUAAAUAUCAAAUUAUCGCUUAUGAAAAAGAGCGGUUUAUGGGUUUAGAAGCUCCUCAGGUUGAGGACAAAAUGACCCCUAACUCCCCCCCUCCGUGAGUGAACAAAAAAAUUUUGUUCACACUCACGGAGGGGAGUUAAUGUUAAUGUUAAGACGAUGUGUAUUUAAGGUCCCUACUUCCAUGCGUGGCAUUCCUCCUCCGCGCUCCUUAAGGAGCCGUGCCGGCACGAGCGAAAAGGAUGGACUUCCAUCACUGGUUCUCUGAGCCCAGGCCGAAACCCCUGGUUUCUCGGUAGUGGGUUGCCCUAUUGGGUCGUCAACCGACCUUCGCCGGGCACCACCAUUUCCAACUCAGCCUUCCGCCCCGAAUUACGCCAGUCUUUGCCUCCGGUUGGCCAGAUCGCCCCACUUGACUGGGACCCUUUUGUACUGGAGAAACCGCCUUCUGGUUGUCUAGUCUGCCUUUCCCUUUUUCCCAGCUUAUCCGCUUGAGAAAAUACUCAACCGCUUCCGCGAUUCGGGGCAGACCACUAUAGCAGCUUGAGCAGGUAAUUCACCCUGCUCCAUUUCGGGCACCCACUGGCUAGGGCGCUGCUGGAAAAGAAGAUGCUCCUAACUGCCCUGGGAUCUGACAAGAUCAGCGGGUCUGUGUUUGUCCCUGGGUCGCCACCAGGGUCCAGAUACUGCUGGGCUAAGUCGCUUCUUCAGAAAACCAUGCCCGGAUAUACAUGGGUUACCGUCACUGAAAGGACGGGUCGGUCGCCAUACGCAUUUUAUGUAUAUCCAUGGAGGGGAGUUAAUUUUUUUUUUUAAAAAAAUUUAUAUAUAAAUUUCUAAAAAAUACUUUUUUUCGAAAUUUAAAAAAAUCCUAAUUCGCAAAAAUUAGAAAGCAAAUAUUAAUUUAAUUUAUAAAAUUUAUAUAUUAAAAACGCAAUUCGUUUAAAAUUAAACAGAAUUUGCUCUGGAUUUCAUAAUUAUCAUUUAUAUAUCAAAAAUUUUUUCCAUAAAAAAUUUUUGUUUCACUCACGGAGGGGGGUUUUUGGGCAAAAUAGCGAUUUUUCUAAUGGUUUUGUUCACUCACGGAGGGGGGGAGUAAGGAAUUCCCCAAAUGCUCCUUACUUUUGGAAAGCAUAUGAUUUAUUUGACGGGAUACCAGAGGCUAUAUGGAAAGUCCGCUUCACUAAAAAGGCCAGAAAAACGAUCCUUAAGUGGCCUAUCGAUUGAAGAGAAUCUUUGCUUAAAAGGGUUAUGGAAUUUUCAAUCGGGUAUAUUGCGCCAAAAAUCAACUGCAAAAUACUAAAAGAAGGGCCUUGCAGUAAUAUGAUUUUCUUUAAAACUGACAUAGAAACAGGAAAUAUGAAUGCUUUAAUAGUUGCUUUAGUCGAUAGAUUGCCUAUUGUUAGAGAUGAUUUAGUAUGCCAAUAUAAAUUUUUCCACUAUUUUAAAGUACUUGACUUCGGACAAAGCAACCAGGAGUUAAAUGACGUUAUAGCUGAUUUUUUAAGCUCAAUAAAUAAUGAUAAUGACCGAUAUAUUGAUUGUAAUGAAUUUCCAUCAUUUGAAAAUACUUUUUUUGCCGUCGAAAUCAGACGCCCGGAGCCUAGGGGCCAUUCAGAGGUAAUGCCAAAUGGUGCACGACGCGAUGGUGGCUCGGGAAACCCCUAAGCAGGACGGAAGCCUGUGCCGUAAUGUGGUAAUGAACAUUAAAUCGAGAUAUAAAUUUAUUUAAUGCAAUGAAAAUACUUUUGUCAGAAAUGAUCAGGGCUGGUAUAGACCGAAAUGGUUUAUGCCUAUCUAUUUAUCUUGGGAUGAGUCUCACGAUAUCAUUUAUAAUCCGAAUACUAAAAGAUGGGUAUCUACUAGAACUGCUGAUGAGGAUAAUGAAAUAAAAUAUCAUGAAAAUUCAUUAGUACAAAAGCUAUCAGAAGCUGAAAGCUGCCAAGAUUUAUUGAAAAUCCUUAAUACAAUACCAAAUUUUAAAAUCAAAUUGACUGAUGAGCAGCAAGAAUUGGUAGGAACCCCAGGAAAUGUCUUAGCGAUUGGGAGAUCAGGAACUGGAAAAACCACAUGCUCUAUUUUAAGGAUGUUUUCUUCUGACUUAUUAUUCAAAUAUCGCGCCAAACAAGGUAAUAGGAAGCUAACUCCAUCUGAUUUAGACAGAUCAUCUAAGCUCCAUUGUGUGUUUGUAACUGCUUCUCCUGUUCUCACAAAUGAAGUCAAAAGAUUCUAUGAAAAAUUAAAUACCCAUAUGAAAGAUGAAAUCAAGGCUAGGGAAGACGCCAAAAAAACGAAAGAUUUAGAGCUUGAAGAAAUCAAACUAGAACCUCAGCAGUCUGUAGAGCAUUUCUAUGAAGAAGAAGAAUUAGAAGAGGAAGAAGACCUCGCUUAUGAAGGUCCAAGCUCUUUAGCAUUUUUAAGAGACGAAGAUUUUCCUUUAUUUGUAACUGUCAGAAAAUUAAUUUUCAUGAUUGAUGCGACCUUAAAGAGGCCAUAUUUCGAUAGAACUCUGGAUGGUCAAGUUAUAGGCUCCAAUUUGAAUUUCGAAUGGCAUAAUGAGCAUACAAAUAAUUUAAGAGUCAAUAAAAACGUUUGCAACCAAUAUAGAAAGGAAUAUGAAAUGUAUGAAAAAAUGGAUAGUGAAGACGACUCAGAUAAUGAAGAUGAUGCUGAGUACUAUUAUGAAGGCGUUAAUAGGAAAGCUGUGGCGUAUCGGCCAGUUAAAGUAAAAUCUAAAUGAAGAUGACACCGAAGACGAAACUAUGAAGUCGACUUUAAAAUCUUCAAAGAAAAAUUCUGGCCAAAAAUCAAACAAAAAACUUACUUCUCCGCACUUGUCAUAUGAACAGAAAUUUCUGCCUACAUCAAAGGCUCAGCUGAUUCUUAUAUCUAUAAAGGCUGGUAUUUGCCUAAAACAGUCUACGCUUCUAGAGUUUCUCAAUCGCAAUUGCUUUCAUAUGCUGACAAAUGGAUAGUUUGGGACCUCUUUAUGCAAUAUGAACGAUGGAAAUGCUGUGAAAAUGCUUAUGAUUUCCAAGACGUCGUAAAUUAUAUACUAAACCAGGUUAAUAACCAAAAUUAUUAUGGCUGUCCUAUACACUAUAUGAUGGUUGAUGAAGUCCAAGAUUUAACUCCUGCUACUUUAGCGUUGCUAUUAGAAGUCACCCAACAAAAGUUAUUUUUCUCAGGAGAUACUGCUCAGACUAUAGCUAAAGGAGUAGGCUUUAGGUUUUGUGACCUUAAUCCCCCUCCGUGAGUGAACAAAAAAAUUUUGUUCACUCAUGGAGGGGUUAAUUUUUUUUUUUAAAAGAAUUUAUAUGUAAAUUUUUAUUUUUAUAGAAAAAAUUUUUUUCCAAAUUUUAAAAAAAUCCUAAUUUGCAAAAAUUGGGAAGCAAAUAUUAAUUUUAUUUAUAAAAUUUAUGUUUAAAACACACAAUUUGUUUAAAAUUAAACAGAAUUAGCUCGAGAUUUCAUUAUCAUAAUUAUCACUUAUAUAUAAAAUUUUUUUCAUAAAAAAAAUUUUGUUCACUCACAGAGAGUGGGUUUUUGGGCAAAAAGUAGUGAUUUUUCCAAUGGUUUUUGUUCACUCACGGAGAGGGUGGAGUUAGCAAUUUAUUCAAAACCUCUAGGCUUGAAGUGCCUGCAGUAAGACAAUUGACUAUGAAUUUCAGAUCACAUAACCAAAUAUUAGAGCUUGCAAACUCUAUAGUUGCGCUACUAGAAGCACUCUUUCCAUAUUCUAUAGAUAGAAUGGCUAAAGAGAGAAGCAUUGAAGAUGGGCCAAAACCGAUUUUAAUUGAUAGUGGGAACAUUAACCAUUUAUUUGCACUACUAUUUGGAAGAGAUUCAACACAGACAUCAGAUGGGAUUCAAUUUGGGUGCAACCAAGUAAUUAUUGUAAGAAAUCAAGAUGCUAAAGAAAAAAUAAACCCUUUGUUUAAGCAUGCUUUAUGUUUAACUGUUUUUGAAUCAAAAGGUUUGGAGUUUGAAGAUGUGAUUUUAUAUAACUUUUUUACUGAUAGUGAUAUAUCUAACUCCCCCCCCCCCCCUCCGUGAGCGAACAAAAAAAUUUUGUUCGCUCACGGAGGGGGGUUAAUUUUUUUUUUUUAAAAAAAAUUUAUAUAUAAAAUUUUUAUAAAAAAUAUUUUUUUCGAAAUUUAAAAAAAUCCUAAUUUGCAAAAAUUGGGAAGCAAAUAUUAAUUUAAUUUGCAAAAUUUAUAUGUUUUAAAACGCAAAUUUGUUUAAAAUUAAACAGAAUUAGCUCUAGAUUUCAUUAUACUAAUUAUCACUUAUAUAUCAAAAUUUUUUCUAUUAAAAAAAUUUUUUGUUCACUCACGGAGGGUGGGUUUUUGGUCAAAAAAUGGCGAUUUUUCUAAUGGUUUUUGUUCGCUCACGGAGGGGGGGGGGGAGUAAAGAAAAAUGGAGAGCUUUAGCUAAUAUUUAUAGACUAGACACAAACCCAAAAUACAGGCCCACAAAUUUUGAGGACUUGCAAAACCAUGUCCCAAAGCUUCGUCAUAAAGGUUAUUUUGAUACAAGCAAAUAUGCUUUAUUGUGCACAGAGCUUAAACACUUAUAUGUUGCAGUAACAAGGCCUAAAAAAAGACUUGUUAUUUAUGAUGAUGACCCUGAAAAUCGUUUCUUUAUGCAGGAGUUUUGGAAAAUGAUGGAUGUUGUAAAAAAACUAGAACUUUCCAAUGAAUCUUUUCAAAUAGUUAUAACAGAUCCUGAAGUCAUUGCAAUAGCCCAAAAAUCAAGCCAAGAAGCAUGGAGAAAUCAAGGCUUGCGAAUGAUGUCCCACAAGUUUUAUGACCAAGCCGUCAAAUGUUUCCAAGCCUCUGGUGAUAGAAAGCUUGAAUUAAAUGCUACAGCCCAUUCUAAAGCAAAUGAAGCGACUGAAUUAUUAUCUGAAUCAGAAUCAAAUUUGCUUUAUUAUGUUUCGAAAGUUAGCAGGAUAAAAUGAAGAGAACAAAAAAGAAAAGCUUAUGGGCUAUUUAAUGAAGCUGGAGAUAUUUUUAUGGAUUUGCUAGAAAAUGAUAGCAAAGGGAAUAGUGUGCUUAAGAGGAGAGCAGCUAGAUGUUAUGCAUCAGGCAAAAAGUAUGAAAAAGCAGCCAAGCUGUUUGAGGAAGAAGAAUUACUAGGACAAGCUGCUGAAGCUUAUUUGGCUAAUGGGAAAGUUGAAAAAGCUGGGGAUUUGUUUAAUGAGAAAAAUGAGUUUUUUAGAGCUAUUGAGUGUUAUAGCCAAAUUAGAAAUUGGGAAAAGUUAUUAAGAUGUGUGUAUAGAGAGUUAUUAUGAUUUGACCAAAUUAUGUGCAAUUUAGCAAGGCUAUUUAAUUAUUUAAUCAAAAUUAGCAUAUACGCAUAAAGACUCCAUGACUGUCGAACAAAGGCAAAAAUAUAUCUAUAAAUAUGUCCCAGCUGCCUUAGAAGAUUUGAUGCCAAAACUAUUGCCUACUAUAGAAAAAGAAACGACAUAUGUCAAUAAGGUAAUUGAAGAAGAUAAAAAUAAAAUUGCAGAAGUAAAUGAAAGUGAUGAAGAAAGCGAUGGAGAACAGAAAACAGAAACAAAUGGUGAAAAGAAAACAGUCUUUGUUAUAGGAAGAGGUGAGGAUUAUGAAAAUCGCAAAUUGGCGAGCUCGGAAGAGGAUGAAGGAGAAGAAAAUAAUGAACCUGAAGAAUACAUAUUAAAAGAAGAUGAAGAAAAUAGCGAAGAAAAUGAAGGAGAAGAGGGUGAAGAAAAUGCAGAAAAAAGCUUGGAGGAAUCACAAAAAAUUUUAGAGUCAGCUAGCAAUCCUUUUCUAAAUAAAAGCCAAAUGUCACAAGAUUCAUUUGUUUUGCUGGAAAAUGAAUCUCAAAGUGAUAGUUUUAGCAUCAUUUCAGGCAGUGAAUUUAGGCUGGGUGAAGCUUUGGGUGCAGGAUUAGAAGAUAUAGAUCCAGAAGAUGAGUGGCUUCAGUUAGAAAAUAGAUCUGUUGUAGAAUCCUUAGCAUCUGCUAUUAAAAAAGAUGGAAGCUUAAUGUCAGACUAUUCAAUUAUAGACAACGUGCAUGCUGCUGCCUUAAAUCUAGGUGGGAGACUAGUAUCCACCAAGGCAGAUAUUUUUAUUGAAGAUGAAUCGAUGAGAAAAAUCAUAGAAAUUAUUGGAAUGUUCUCUGACGAAGUCAAUUCUUAUCUAAAAUCACUAACUCUCCCCUUUAAAUUAGAUCAAAAUAUAUUUUCCAUUUUUUAGGGGGGUUUAUAUUAAAUUUUGUUGAUCAUAAAAAUUAAUUUAUAAACUUUGUCUUCACAAGUGCUAACUUUUCUUACUAGUAUUCUGUUUGCACUCUCUCAAUUAAAAGAAAACAGUUUGCAGGUAGAUUUUGAUUUUAUCAGAAUUAAAUGGAGUAUAAAAGCUAUUUGCAUAUAAAUUAUUAUUUUACCUAUUAAAAUUAAUAAUUAUUCAAACAAUAGAAUUUUACUGAUAAUUUGAUCCAAUUUAAAGGGGGAGUGAGAUCUGCUGAAUCCUUAAUGAGCUCUCAAAUAAUGAAAGAAGACUGACAGCUUGUGUCGCUGAUAGACUUAGAUGAUAUGAGCCAAGAGCUACUAGGAGUGAUUUUAGACACUCUUGAAGAUUUCGGUAUGUUUAAAAUGUGCUUAGUCGUAUGCAACAGAUAUCAUCUAGCUGAAAGGCUUGGAAGAUAUGUAAAUUCUUUGGGGUUUAAAUAUUCCAACCUUUCUUCAAUUAAAGUUAAUGAAAUUGAUAAGCCUAGCUUUUUAUUAAGUCAAACUCAAAGAGCAGUCAUUGCAUAUACAGCAGUGCAUAAUGUAUUUGAAAUGCUAAACGCUGUUCUCAUGAACAAAAACUCCUCUUUUUUAGGCUAAAUUUGUUUAUCUCACCCAGUAAAUUUAUCCAUGCAAUGAUUGAGCAUUUAGCCGAGAAGUGCGCGACCCUAAACAGCCAUCCCAGAGAGAAAUAAAUUUUUCUGGAAGUGUCCCCAUCAACCUCAGGCAGUGGAAGCCGGGAUCUUUAGUAUUCUCAACUGCGCAAGUUGGUAGCCCGAGAGCAGCCGUUGAAAGCAGAGCACCCAAGCAUAAGGACUGAACAAGCGAAGCUAAAUAUACUAUAUAUUCGAUAGACAUGGCAUCCUGAGGCAGGAGUGGAAGCCUUGGCAGGUGAAAUAACAGUGGACGAGAGAUAUAAUUAAGUAAGUAAUUAAGUAAGAAAUGCUAAACCCUGAAUAUCUGUCUUUAAAAGAAAAAUUUGACUUGAAAAAUCUUGGCUUUGAAUCUUUGCAAGGGUUACUAUUGCUUGGAUAUUGGAAAAAGACUGUUUACAUAAUGGAUAAAGAGAACAGCUUAGCCGUCACUUCAGCAUUUUUAGACUGGAAAAAUUAUAAAAAUAUUUAUUUGAUGUUUUAUGAAGGCACUGAUAUAAGCAAGGCGUCAAAAGAGGGGUUUGAGUGGUUACCAUUUGAGAUACCUAAAAAUAAUUCUGAAAUGAAUGCUGCAAUUAUAGCGCUCGAUUCUGUGGUUUGGAAUUUAAAUGCAUUUUAUUCUUAUACAAUUCAGAAAAAAUAUAUGGCUAUUUGAAAGGAUAAAUAUCAUGAUUAUAAUCGCUUGCACCUAUUUCUUAUAAAAUAACCCCUUUGGCAUUUAUUUCAAGAAUAUUUAUUAUUGCAAAGGGGGAUAUCUAUACUCUAUCUGGGGAAUUGCCUGAAUUCCCAAGCUAUUUUCCAUAUAACUCUGCAUUUUGGGCUUACCAAAUUAAAAAAGAAGAGAUAAACGAUUUCUCAACAUUUAUCUACUGCUUUGCCACGAUCAAAAAUAUUUUUUCUUUAAACAAGCCAAGAAACAUCCUCAAAAUCUGGGACUCAUUAUCAGCAUUUACCCAAAUUUUUUACGCAUUGCAAUCCAAUACCAAAACUCAAUCUCUUUUACAGGACUUUUCUUCAGAAUCCUUCCAAACUGUUUUGCAAGCAUUAUCAAUGGUAAUUAAAUUUUUAACCACAAACACAACAACUCUCCCUGCAGAUCCUUAUUAUUCAGCCAUUCUUUUUGCAUUACUAUCUCCAUUUGGAAUCAGACAGAUUGAAAAUACAUUAAUUACACAAGUAUAUCCAUAUGCAACCCAUGCAGUUGUCCACAAAAGUAGCAGUAUUUUUAAGCAUGUAAAAAUUAAUGAAAUACCGAACACUUAUAUAGCCGAUAUUGAAGGACAAUUCUUGCUUAUUCCAAUAAAAGAUGUAAAAGAUGCGCUUAUACAAAUAUUUGUCCAAAAUAUUGCUCCUGUCAUAAGAGCGAGGACAAAAAGAUAUAGAGAAAUUGUAUCUAGGACAGAAAAAUUGAUGACAAAAGAAAGAGAUAUUGAAAUUAUUGCAUGUCUAGCAAAUAUUUAUGGCGAGCUCUGAAUGUAUGAUUUUUUGAAAUCACAUGUGUAUGGAAAUCCUUACUGUCUCAAUAGCUAUAUUGAAGGUGAUAUGCUAGGGAAUACAAAAUAUAUAGAGUAUGUAGAAGCUAAUAAAAAAUUAGACAGUUUAUAUGAAAUGACUGAUGGAUAUGAAUACUCGAUUUAUUAUUUGCAAUACACAAGAAACAGCGAAAUUAAGUCAUUAGAAAAGAUUAUCAAUAAUUAUGAGAGAUUUAUGACUGAGUCGUAUGGAUUUAGCAAAAAUGAUAUUAUUAGAUUUUUGCUAGAAAAAAGCAGAUUCUUAUAUUCUUGUGAUGCGAAAAUUACCGAAAUCGCUAAGCAUGCUUUAUUAUCAAAUAUACAGAUUGCUAUUAAUUUAUCAGAGAAAGGCCACCAUGAUAAUGAGACUGUGAAAUUUUUAUGGAUGGCUUAUGAACUCAGCAAAAUCUCUGGAUACUCUUUAUAUUUCCAAGAAAUGUUGAAUUCUCGAUAUAAGUCAAUAUUCAAAAAUGAAGUAAAAUCUCCAAAAAUUUCAUUUUUCUAUAAAUAUGCAUUACUUUAUUUAGACAUUGAUUACUAUUACAAAGCUGGAUACUUAGAAGAUGUUUCUAUUUCUAUAUGCUCAUUAUUUGAAUAUCAAUUUAAAGACUUUGAGAUUCUUACCAAACUCUUCUUAUUCAAAAAGGCUGUAUGUUUAUGGAUUCUUUCACUCGGAAUCAAUGCAUUCUUGCCCAAAUGUUUUGAGCCAUAUUUAUCAUAUUUUGUUCAAGAAGAUAAUAAAUUCAUAAUUACAAGCAUCGUCAAAGGAAAAGACGAAAAUUUGUCUACAGAGCUCAUUAAGUGGUUAUUUGAAGUUUUAAAUAGCAUUUGCACCUCAAGCAUUCCUAUAGACGAAAAAGAAGCAUUUUUAUUAGAAAUGUAUGAAAUCUUCUACUUAAUAUCAGCAUAUGGAAAUACAAAAUUACUAUUCAAAGAAAUUUUCCAAUUAUUUUCAGCUGCCCAAUUUGAACACUCGAUUAGAUUUAAGCCUUUUUCAGAAAAUCUUUUAAGUGUAUUUGAAAUAGAUACUGAAGAAAAAUUAGAAGAAUUCCAGAAAAACACAGAAAGCCAAUGCAAUUUUACAGAAUUUAUUGUAAUUGAGCAUAAAAAUAUUAAAGAAAAUAAAAUCGCUGCUGAAGAGUUAAAUAAAUGGUGGUUUGAUGAAUGCAGAGUAUUAGCAUUAAGACACCAAGAAGAAAGGAAAUUAAGGAGAUUAAACAUAAGAAAAGUAAGGAGAAUUAAGAUAGCCAACCCAAUAGAGCAAAUGUAUUUUUCAGUGCUUUCAAAUAAACUAGCUGAGACUGAAGAACAAAAGCCACGAAUUAUGUUAAAAGCAUGGAAAAAUUCAAAAACCCAUAUGAAGCUGCUAUAUAAAAUCCAAAAAUACCAAGCCAUGCUACUUAAUUGUCUCUACACAGUAUCCUCUGCAAAGGCUUUGGAUUUUCACUAUCUCCUAGGGCAAAUGACUUUCAUUACUAAUAUAAACGAAGAAUUCCAAAAGUAUGCCGCAUCUGGUUAUGAUGAUUUAGAAGAAUUCGUCACAAAAUCUUUUUCACAAAUAAAAGAAAGCAAAGUGAAGCUUAAGUCGUGGAAAAAAGUUAUGGCCCCAAUCCUUCUUUUGGGUAAUAAUCAAAUACAAGUAAAGAGAAAAUGGAAUACAAAAUGGAUUGAAAAGAAAGCGAAAACUUUUAAAAAGAGAAGACCUAGAGAUCCGUUUAAACGUUACUAA